AUGGAUGACGUGUUAACCGGUUCUGAUAACUUAGUUACCGCCAAAAAACUUCAAAGGCAGUUAAUUGAUAUCUUGGAAAAUUCUGGCAUGCAAUUGCACAAAUGGCAUAGUAAUUGUGAAGAGUUAGUGUCAAGUAGUGAAAAAAUCUAUAAUUUUACACACUCCGAGGAAGCGCAAGUUUUAGGAGUUUCUUGGAAUACCGAAAAGGACAGCCUUUACUUUAAAGUCGAUUUCAUGGCGUCUGAAGUGAAAGACUGUCAAGUCACAAAACGCUUUGUUUUAUCCACUAUAGCAAGACUUUUCGAUCCUCUUGGAUUACUAGGACCUGUAGUGACGAUGACAAAAAUAUUUUUACAGCAAUUAUGGUCUUUAAAGCUGGAUUGGCAUGAGGUACUGCCUGAGAAACAAACUAGAGUGGUCAAAUUUCGUCGAAUCAUUACAAAGUGUUAG